AUGGGCGUCGAAUGCUUGCGAUCUUCACCACGCAGAAAGCACACAAGCAUCUCAGAAGAUGCAUUUCCUUCACCAGCCAGUCACGAAAGUAUCGAGAAUUUGUCACUUCUUCAUGUCUCCGCAGAUCAGACGCCAGGAUUGAAGCACACAACUCCACUAGGUCCUCUGCCGACGGGGGGAGAACUAGAAGAGCUAAUUCAAUUGUAUUUUGCUUCCGUGCAUCAUUUUGGUUUCGUUGCAUUCAUUCAUCAACUGCAUUUCAAUCGACUCCUCGCCGAAGGAAAAGCCCCUCGCGAAUUGACUCUUAUGAUGAUCGCUAGUGCCACGAGAUUUGCCGGAGACCCUUCUCCAGAAAACCUAGCCAAGGCAGAUGCUUGGGCCGAUGCCGCUCUCGAAGCUCUGCUUCCACGGAUCUAUCAGGGGUUUGGAGCGGUACAGCUUAUGAGCAUUUUAUUGGCUCAACACUAUGAACUCAACCGGGGUAACUUUACGUCUGCUUGGUUGCUAUCGGCGAAUUGUACGAGAAUGAUGCAAAUGAUGUCCCUACACACUUUUGAUCGAACCUACCCAGCCAAAUUUCCCUCUCACUUACAACUUUCACCUCUUCUAUCUCAUGAAGCACUCCGUCGCCUUGCGUGGAGCACAUUCUUUUUCGACUCCAUGAUUGAUGGAGGUCGAUACGGUUUCCACUCCGUCGAUGAGAAUUCAUAUCGCCUACAGCUCCCUUGCGAUCAAGCAAGCUUUCUAGGAAAUGAGAACGUGAUGACAGAAACAUUGUUUCCUGAAUCAAAUACCGAACUUCGAGCGAGCACUGGCAAUAUCCAGCAUGCACCGCUGGAUAUCUGGGGCUACGUUUUACGAAUUGCAGCUGCUCGGCGUCGUGCACUCCACUUUGCCUUUCGCGCCUCUCACCGUGAACGGACAGUUGAAGAGAUGAUCGCCGAGCUUGCUAUCAUUGAAGCAGACGUCGAAUCAAUCGUUUCGGAUCUCCCGAAGCGGUUUCACUUCAAUACCGACAAUUUGUUUAUCCAUCGUGAUCGACUACUGACUUUUCUUCUUUUACAUGUCUUGCGACAUAAUUUGUUUAUUAUUCUUGGUCGGACAGCGCUGUUGGUAUACCAGCGAGAUUCUACAAAAGCAGAUCUCGUGGCACAUGUACGCCGAAAGAGGAUCUCGCAUGCUUUGCCCAUUGCGAGUAUACUCGCGGAGGGAUUGAAGGCGGGAAUCGUUUUGGACCCUCAUUUAGGCAUUCAGGCUUAUGUUGCUCUAGAGAUCCUUCUUUUUGAGCCGCGGCGCUUGGCUGAGAUUGAUCCUUAUGUCGACCCCAAAGCUCCAGAGUUCAUAGCAGCAAUACCUGACCUGUUGACUGUGAUUCGGGAGCUUGGGCGUCGGUCGGAAGGGAUAAGGCAGUUGCAUAUCGAGGCCGUUCAUCGAUUGCUAAGAUUUGACUGUGCGCAAUUUCUCAACCAAGUCGAUAUCGACGCAUUUCACAGUGGAUACCGUUUAGUCGGACAAGAUCCAGCCGAAUUCGACUUUCGCGAUUUCCGAUGGGCAAAAGUAGAACGAAUCCGCCGCGGUGCUCGAUCCGCUGCUAUCGGCGGAGGUGAUGAAGUGCUUCUCGAGUAUCGGGUAGACGGAGACACGGCUGCUCACACCGUUGCACCUUCACCUCGUCUAGAUGCUAUUGAUGUGAAUAGUGCGUUGGGCUGGUCGCCGCCUAUGCAAUCUGCCCCGUCAGCUGUCCCCCAUACAAUGAGUCUAGCAGAGGGGCCUCGAUUAGAUACAAACGGUAUGGAAUCCACAAGAUCAGAGUAUGGACUUAUGGAUGAACCAUCACUUGACUGGCCGUGGCUGUUGGAAGAGUCGGGACCAUCUGUGUAUCAGACCGGUGAUCCGGAGACGUUUUGGAGCCAGCUUGAGCGAAUUUGA